AUGCCGGUGCCGGGCGGGCGCCACGUCAGGCGGGGCGGGGCGGGGAUGGGGACCGGGAUGCGGGCAGGGAUGGCGGUGCCGGUGCCGGUGCCGGGGCUGGUGCUGGUGCUGGUGCUGGUGCUGGGCGCGCUGCGGGCGGGCGGCACCGAGCUGACCUUCGAGCUGCCCGACAGCGCCAAGCAGUGCUUCCACCAGGAGCUCGAGCGCGGCCUCAAGUUCACGCUGGACUACCAGGUGAUCACCGGGGGCCACUACGAUGUGGACUGCUACGUGGAGGACCCCAACGGCAGGACCAUCUACAAGGAGACCAAGAAGCAGUACGACAGCUUCCCGUACCACACCGAGGUCAAGGGCAUCUACACCUUCUGCUUCAGCAACGAGUUCUCCACCUUCUCCCACAAAACCGUCUACUUUGACUUCCAGGUGGGCGACGAGCCACCCAUCCUGCCCGACAUGAACAACCGCGUCACCGCCCUGACACAGAUGGAGUCUGCCUGUGUCACCAUCCACGAGGCUCUGAACACAGUGAUCGACUCCCAGACUCACUACCGCCUGCGGGAAGCACAGGACCGGAGCAGAGCCGAAGACCUCAAUGGCCGGGUCUCGUACUGGUCAGUCGGGGAAACCCUCAUCCUCUUUGUGGUCAGCAUUGGGCAAGUGAUGCUGCUCAAAAGCUUCUUUACUGAGAAGAGACCUGGCAGCGGCAGGGCGGGCACCUAGAGCUGCAGCCAUUGCCCAGACCACGGAGGCAGUGGGCGAGUGGUCGUCUCCUGGGUCACACUUUACCUCUGUCUUCUGCACGGUGCUGCCAUGGGGAGGUGGCCCCGUCCCCUCACCCGGCUGGUCUGUUCCUCUUCACCAGCUCCGCCGGGGAAGCAGGUGGGCUCGCUGGGCUGGCAUCGACAACGGUCCUUUGCCUGAUGCACGGUGCAGCCCUGGCGUCGAGCGAGGCCACUCGCACACCCCCAGCGGGCAGAGAGCUCUGCCCAGGCUGGAGAGGGGACAGAGCAAUGGGGACCCACCUCACACCUCCCUCCUGAGCGCUCCUGGCCCGCGCUGUGCCGUCACCUGCAGGAGGGCCAAGGCCGGCAGCAGCACCCCAGGAACCACUGGCUCAAAAAGGGAGGCAAGGUUUCAGCACGGGCUUUUUGCUUGGUGGUUUCCAUUGCUUUGCAAGCACCCAUCUGCACAGUGAAGUGUUUCCCAGGCCUUUCUCUGCUGUGGGAGCAAGCGACAUGCCCCAUACAAGAUGAUAUUUUCAUAUUUACUUGAUUCCAUGGCUGGCACUUGGCCCCCCAUGUGUCUCACCGUGCCUGGCAGACAGUGAGGGCUGGCACAGCUCUGCUCCAUGUGAGCUGAGAAUGCCCCAACCCUGCCCCAGCAGCAGCAAAGACCUCCUCCCCAUGUCCCUGGGACUGCAGCCCCAUUCUCUGGAGCCCCACAAGCCAGAGAUCCCCGCAAAAGCCCUGGGGAGACCACCCCGUGUGAGCUCUGGGGGUACCAGAGCUCCAGCUGCCACCACCAGCCCUUGAGCGGGCACGGGAUCGCUCCUGCGGAGCCAGAGCAGCACCACUGGUGUUCUAUUUUGUCAUUUCAUAAUAAACUCCUGCA